AUGGCGACCAUUAGUGGUAGUCGUGCUGCUUCAGGCGCUGCUCCUGGCGCAGAUAUUGGAUCUUCGCAUCCUUACACUUGCAAUACCUGCCAGGUCGCCUUCCGCAAUGGCGAUUUGCAGAGGGGUCAUAUGCGCAGUGACUGGCAUCGCUACAACCUGAAGCGCCGUGUCGCCUCGCUGCCCCCCAUCUCCUCGGAAAUUUUCACCGAAAAGGUCCUCCAGGCCCGCGCUGCCACCACUGCGCAGGCGGACAAGGCCGGCUUCGAGAGAGCUUGCGAAGUUUGCCAGAAAAAUUAUUUCAGCGAGGGCGCAUACAAGAACCAUCUUACCAGCUCCAAGCACAAGGCCAAGGUCGCUGCUCUGGCGGCUCGCCCACAGGGCAAGAUCCCUGACGAUGCCAGCUCCAUGACCUUCUCGCUUGGCGAGCCAGCCCCUACAGACUCUGUGGUUGAUUCGGACGCGGAGGAGGAGUUUAACGAGGUGGUUGAGGGUAUCAAGAACACCCAGCUGCAAGAGAACGAGAACGUCUCCCCACUUAGACGUCCCUCCAACCCUCACUUGUCAGCCGCUGCCCAGCACAAGACUGAGCACCCCGUGUCAGAGACACCCAGUGAAGAGGAGGAGGAAUCCGCUACCCCUUCCUCUGCUACCCCAGUGGUUUCACAACAACAACAAGCUGGUCCUCCCCGGACAAUCAAUACUUGUAUUUUCUGCAAUCUUGAGUCCGAGAAUCCUCAGCUCAACGCCCAGCACAUGGAAAAGACCCACGGCAUGUUCAUCCCGGAGAAGCAAUACCUCGUUGAUCUCGAGGGCUUGAUAAACUACCUCCAAGAGCGCGUGUAUGACCUCAACGAGUGCAUCACCUGCUCCAAGAUGAGAAACACCACCUACGCCGUCCAGACUCACAUGCGCGACAAAGCCCACGUCCAAAUUCCUUUCACAACCGAAGAUGAACAGCUCGAAAUUGGUGAAUUCUACGACUUCCGCGCCACUUAUUCUGAUGACGAAGAGGGAGAGUGGGAGGAUGAGGAUGAGGAGAUGGAGGAUGCUGACACGAACGGUGGUGCCAAACUUGGUGGUCACCGCGCAACCAGGACAGUUACAGUCGACGAGAAUGGUGAUGAGAUCAUGGAGGAUGGGAAUGGAGAAGGAUGGGAGACGGAUUCUGACGAGUCGUCUCUGAAUUCUGAUGAUUUGCACGCCGUUCCCGCGGAGCUACAUCUUCACCAGUAUGAGAGGCUGUCAAAGAAUCAUCACCACUCGUCAAGCACACCAAGGACGCACCAGCAGGCAGAUGGGUUCCAUGCUCACAGCAAGAAGAGUCACGCGGUGUUCUAUGAUGAUUAUGAGUUACACCUCGGCAGUGGGAAGGCUGUUGGUCACAGAUCGCUCAACAAGUACUACAGGCAAAAUCUGUAUAAAUACCCCACGCCAGAGGAGAGGGCCGAGAGGUUGUUGCUCAAGGCCAACGAGCAAGGUCAGGGUGUCAUGGACGUGGACGAGGAUGGGAAUGGACAGACGGUUGUCCCGCUGCGGGAUCCCAACCCCAAGGCCAGGGGGAGAGCGGUGGUGGGCAGAGACGUUGCCGGUCUGGGUGUCAGGUCUGCUGGCGAGCUGGAGAAGCACAGGGCUGUGGUGGUGAAGGGUAAGAAGCAAGAGUGGAAGGACCAGAAGGACAGAGGCAUGCUUCAGGCGAGACUGGGCAUCAAGGAGAAGGCGCCUCAUCCGGCUACAUACUUGCGUUAG